AUGUCUCUAUAUGCUGAAGUCCACGCCAAUCCCACCGGCCCAGGAGAUGCCCGCCCAACUGCCCUCCAAAUUGUAAAGGAUAAUGGGCUGGAGGGCAAGCUCGUCGGCAAGGUUGCUGUAAUCACUGGGGUCUCCUCUGGAAUCGGUAUUGAGACGGCUAGAGCCCUUGACGCCACUGGAAUCACGCUGUUCCUAACCGCCAGGGACACAGCCAAGGCUAAGACUGCCUUGGCCGAGUUCUGGAAAGAAGACAGGAUGCACCUGAUCCAAAUGGAUCAAACCUCGCUAGAGAGUGUCCGGAACGGUGCUAAGGAAAUUCUGGCCAAGACCACUCAGGUCAAUAUUCUCAUCGCCAAUGCUGGUGUCAUGGCUGUCCCUGAUCUACAGCUGACAAAGGACGGCUUUGAGACACAAUUCGCGACAAAUCAUUUGUCGCACUUCCUCCUAUUCGAGUUGUUGAAGCCCGCUCUUCUCAAGGCAUCAUCCGCGGAAUUUCAAUCACGCGUCGUUGCUGUUUCCGCCUCAGCACACCGUGUCUCUGGCAUAGCGCCCACUGGGGAUUACAACUAUGAAAAGAGCACAUACGAUGCCUGGGCUGCCUACUCUCGCUCCAAGACUGCCAACAUCUAUAUGGCUAAUGAGAUAGAGCGUCGGUUCGGAUCUCAAGGCAUUCACGGUCUCAGUCUGCACCCUGGAAAUGUCUAUUCGGGCAUUGGGCGAUUCAUCCCAGACGAGGUGAUGGCAGCCGCCGUCAAACCGAUCAUGAACGUUCUGAAGAACACAGAACAAGGUGCCGCUACUACUGUUGUCGCUGCGGUUGGCAAGGAGUGGGAGGGUCGAGGUGGAGUGUAUCUUGCAGAUUGUGCUGAGUCUGAGCGUGGCGAGGAUGACGGCAGUAUUCUUGGCCCUCGCUAUUCAAGUUUUACUUACAACAAGAAGGAGGAAGGUAGGCUCUGGGAAAAUUCUCUGAAGAUGGUUGGAUUGUAA